AUGAAGCAUCGAUCAGCAAGGGAAAAUGAGAAUGACAGUGGUUCUGAAGAAGUGUGCUACACUGUCAUUAAUCAUAGGCCUGAUCGAAGACCCUCCCAGAGCUCCAAUGAUGAUGGUUAUGAGAAUAUUUCAAAGAGAGUGAGACCAUUAAGAGAAGGGUCAGAAACAGAAUAUGCCCUUCUCAGGAGAGCUUGCACUACUAGCUCUUCUUCCUGUACCCCUGAACAUGAGCAUGAUUAUGAACUUGUGCUUCCUCACUAG